CAGCCAAGAAGUUGUUACUAGUACUUAAUAAUUUCUGCGGCCAAGGAUUGUUGAGAGAUCAGUUUACCAUGUCCUGAAAAAAAGCUCUUGCUUUUUCUUAGCCUUCACUUCUUCAAACAUCCCACUAUGUCAAUGGCUUUAUUCUCAGCUCCACCACUUCAUUUCCCUCCUUCAAAACACCACACAACACACAAACCUUAUCCUUCUCUAAGUUUCAAGAAACCCCAUCUCACUUUCUUGGUUUCUCCGAAAGCUAUUGAUAAUGGUUCAGGUAGUGUAAGUUCUACUUCUGCUGCUACUGUUGAGCCUGAAAUACCUGAAGAAAAAGGUGUGAAAGUUGAGGAGUCAAAUGAGGCUACUUUGGGGUCUAAUGGGUCAGCUCCGGUAGCUUCUGCCGGAGCUCCGGUAACGGAGACUGUGAGGAUGUUUCAAGAUUCAAGAUGGGUUGGUGGGACUUGGGAUUUGAACCAGUUUAAGAAAAAUGGAGAGACUAAUUGGGAUUCUGUUAUUGAUGCUGAGGUUAGGAGAAGGAAAUGGUUGGAAGAUAACCCAGAGUCAUCAAGUAAUGAAGCUCCUGUGCUUUUUGACACCUCCAUUAUUCCAUGGUGGGCAUGGAUGAAGAGAUUCCAUCUUCCUGAAGCUGAACUUCUCAAUGGUCGUGCUGCGAUGGUUGGCUUCUUUAUGGCCUAUUUUGUGGAUAGCUUGACCGGUGUAGGCCUAGUUGACCAAAUGGGCAACUUCUUUUGCAAAACACUAUUGUUUGUAUCUGUGGCUGGUGUGCUUCUGAUACGCAAGAAUGAGGAUAUAGAAACACUCAAGAAGUUGGUAGACGAGAGUACUUUUUAUGACAAGCAGUGGCAAGCAUCUUGGCAAGACGAGAACUCAAGCAGUUCAAAGGACUCUUGAACACAUUUCUCACAUAAGUGUUGAUUUUCAUAUAUUCGGAAAAUUGCAAUUAGGUGAUGGCACCAUGCUAGUCAGAAGGGAGCGGAAAAUUGUAUUCACCAUUUUGUUUUAGUUCUUAAUGUAUCUUCUUUCCUUUUUUUUUUUUUUUUUUUUUUGUUUUUGACUAUGAUUUUUUUUUUUCCUAUGUAGUGAACAACUUUUUAGCUGAUCUAUGAUAUUAUUUUGUCAGAUGGCAUAGUCAUGCUUCAAA